GCGUCUCGCAAGAGAUUGUGAGUGCAAGGCGGUGCGGAUUUUUUUUGGGAAACUUUUCUCGUGUGGGACGGACGUUGGGUGGGACAAUCGUGCACUCGAUCGGCGCGCUGGAUCAAGUCGGCGGCGCGUUACAUCAGUGCCUGUAAGCAUGGAAGGAAACUCGGAGAUCGCGGAGUUUUUCGCAGACAAGUGCGUCUUCCUCACUGGGAUCACUGGAUUUCUCGGGAAGGUGGUGCUGGAGAAGCUGCUGCGUUCAUGCCCCGACAUCGGCAACAUCUACGUUCUGGUGCGUGAGAAGAAGGGCCUCAAAAGCAAGGACCGCCUCAACCAGAUCCUCAAUGAAAAGCUGUUCUCCAAGAUACAAUGCGAACGGCCUGACAUUUUUGGCAAGAUAGUGGUGGUGCCUGGUGAUCUGGACGAGCCGGACAUGGGAAUCUCCAAUGAGGAUCGAGAACGCAUCAUCCGUGACGUGUCCGUCGUCAUACAUGGCGCUGCCUCGGUGCGCUUUGACGAGCCACUAAGGAUUGCUGUGAACGCGAACGUUAGAGCCACCAAGCGAGUCAUCGACCUUUGCUACGAGCUCCAAAAUCUGAAGGUAUACGUCCACGUGUCGACAACCUACUGCCACUGCCACCAAAGGGAGCUCAAGGAAACCGUCUCGCCCGCACUAAUCAGCCCGUCGAACCUGCUGAACAUCUCAGAGUGGAUGGACGACUCCAUGCUGGAAGCGCUAGAGCCUAAGCUGUACGAGGGUCGCCCAAACUCGUACACAUUCACCAAAGCGGUGGCCGAGAUGCUCGUUCAAGAGCACGCUGGUGCGCUGCCGGCCGUCAUCGUCAGGCCCUCCAUCAUCACAGGCACGGCCAAAGAACCAUUCGCGGGAUGGAUAGACAACUACAAUGGUCCCACGGGGCUCCUGAUCGCUAUGGCCAAGGGUGUGCUAACAUCUGUGUACGGGGACAUCAACAAAGUCACCGACUUUAUUCCUGUGGACAUGGUCGCCAACUGCGUCAUCGCAGCUGCAUGGCGCAGAGGCUCUGGACGGAGCCAAAAGAUGACAGUGUACAACAUGAGCUCCGGUGCCGACAAUCCGCUGACGUGGCAUUACUUCUUGGAGUGCGUGCAGAAGAUGCCUUACAAAAUCCCAUCCAAAGUGACCUUCCGCUACCCGCAGCCUCGCCACACUAACAGCAAGACGCUGCAUAGGAUCCGCAUGUUCUUCCAGCACUACCUCCUCGCCCAGGCCGGAGACGUGGCCCUGUGGGUCGUCGGCAAGAAGCCCAUGUUAUCGAGGCUAUACGAGAAGGUUGAGAAUCACCUCGACAUGCUGGAGUUCUUCAGCACCAAAGAGUGGUACUUCUACAACGAUAACGUCAGGUCCCUCUACAGUGAACUCAACGCAACAGACAAGGACGUUUUCAACUUUGAUGUGAAAACGAUCGAAUGGAAGCCUUAUCUUCUGUCCUACUGUUUUGGAAUCCGGGAAUACGUGCUCAAGGAGGACAUCUCCACAAUAAAGGAAGGAAAGCGACAGCUGGCAAGGCUGUACGUCGUGAGCAAAGUUAGCAACCUGCUUAUCAUGUUGGGCGCCUGGAGAGUGCUCAAGAUGAUCUCCCUGGAUCCCGUCGACAUGGUCUACACUUUCAGCGGCUACUUACAAGAGCUCGUGGAUGCCUUCUGAGUCACGGCCUCGACAUACUUCUCCAAUGACCCGUUUUUAUUCCUUGUUGCUUGGCGUGAGACAGAUCAGAUUCACUAUUUUACACACGCGCUACUUUAUGGAGAACAGCCUUUAAGCGUUCGGAGAACAAGCAGCAAGAAUAAGGGCGCUUCUCGAUUGUGUGACAAUCAAGGUAACCGCCGUUGUGAUUCCGGUGGUCGCGCUGUUCCGUCGUCAGACCCGCGUGUUGUUUUAGCGCUGCAACUGUAGUUAUGAAAAGGAAAUUUCGCAAAGGGGCCAUGACACGGUCACCCGACAAUUUGCGGCUUUCAGCAAAAAA